AUGACGUCACAAAGGCGUUUGUUUACAAACAGAGAUAAUGGCAGUCGGCGAGAAAAUUGUGUGUUCAAAGAUCACGAUAAUAAUUAUUGGCUUGAUGCAGAUGGUUCAGUGCCAUUCCCAGAAAAUUCGGUGGUGUACCGUGGAAGCACCGAUUUUCCUGGGAGGUAUUUUGCAGACCAGGAGUUAACAGUGGAAUGGGCUCUCGAGUGGCUACCACGAACAGUUGAAGUAUACCCUCGCAGGGUACUUGGGAAACCAGUCUUUGCCUAUCAGAACUUUCCUGCUGUCUCCUCCGCAACCACAUCGCCUUCUCUUGCUGCCAUGUCACCCACUCCAUCAGGUCUUCCUCCAAAGCGACAUGCUCUUCCUACUUGCUUAAAUCCAGUUCUUCCCUCAACAUCUGCUACACCAUCUUCCUUGGUAUCUACACCAAUUACUUCCCCAGAGCGGGUUGUUGGUGUAGAACCAAGUGAAAUCGAGGAAGCCGAGGGUUUUCACUAA